AUGCAAUUCAAAUCAACGCAAUCCUCAUUUCGAGAUCGCACACAUGAAUUCCACACCGUUGCAGAGAGAUUGAAGAAAUCACUAUCGUCAACCUCAAAUGGAGCCACCACUAGCACUCAUCAUCCUCCUUCUUCAUCUUCUCCUUCUUCCUCUUCUUCUUCCAGAUCCGACGAUCCUCGAUCCGCCGUUGCGAUUCAAUCAGAGUUUAAUCGAAGAGCUUCCAAGAUUGGAUAUGGAAUUCAUCAAACCUCUCAGAAACUUUCCAAGCUCGCCAAAUUGGCGAAAAGGACUUCGGUUUUUGAUGAUCCAACUAUGGAAAUUCAAGAACUAACCAGUGUUAUUAAGCAAGAUAUUACCGCUCUUAACUCUGCGGUUGUGGAUCUUCAAUUAAUCAGCAAUUCUAGAAAUGAGAGUGGAAAUGUUUCUACCGAUACAACUAGUCAUUCCACUACAGUUGUGGAUGAUUUAAAGACUCGAUUGAUGAGCACCACGAAAGAGUUUAAAGAUGUUCUCACCAUGAGAACUGAGAACUUGAAAACGCAUGAGAGUAGAAGACAAUUGUUUUCGUCCACUGCUUCUAAGGAUUCUGCAAAUCCUUUCAUUCGUCAACGUCCUUUAGCUACAAAGUCUGCGGCUAGUACUUCUAAUGCUCCUGCGCCUCCAUGGGCUAGUGGGAAGCAGGUGGAUGGGGAGAGUCAACCAUUGCUGCAACAACAACAACAGCAGCAACAACAACAGGUAGUUCCAUUGCAGGACACUUACAUGCAAAGCAGAGCUGAAGCUCUUCAAAAUGUUGAGUCCACUAUUCACGAGCUUGGCAGCAUCUUUAAUCAACUAGCAACACUUGUCUCCCAACAAGGAGAGAUUGCCAUCAGGAUUGAUGAGAACAUGGAUGAUACUUUGACAAAUGUAGAGGGGGCACAAGGGGCUUUGUUGAAGUAUCUGAAUAGCAUAUCUUCUAAUAGGUGGCUGAUGAUCAAGAUUUUCUUUGUCUUGAUGUUUUUUCUUAUGGUUUUCUUAUUUUUUGUGGCAUAG